AUGAAGUAUUCCCAAUUAGUCCACAUGUCGAGGGAUGUUGAACAAUGGCUCGAAUCACAAUUGAAAGCUUGCGAAAUUAAUAAUGAUUUUUAUACUGAUUAUUUAUUGAAUUUAUUCGAAGAAGAAAUUUUGGACAACUAUUCUCAUAGUUUAAAUUUAAACUGCAACAAUGACUACAAUAUAAAUUACAUGUUUUGGCCAUUUCAAAAAAAAUUAGAAUCAAUGAAAAGUAAAAAAACAUCUCAUGUUGCUCGAUCAGAAAACUAUAAAUCAAAUUUAUUAAAAAUGAAAUCGCAUAUACCCCUUGAUUGGAAUUGGGCUGAGGGUCUACUUCAUGACUCAUCGGGAACUGUUAAAAAUAAAAUGGACGAUUUUUUUGCUAAUUUAUUUUAUGACAAUACGGCAGAUAUUUUUGGAUUUGAAUUAUCUUGGAAUAAAUUGGAGGAACCUGAGAACAUCGACAACACGAAACGCAUUAAUUUUUAUAAUAAGCAAAAUCUUUUUUCAACGUCAACUUGUAAUGAACGACUCUACGAAAGAAACGCAGAUUUUGACAAGCUAAUCGCAAAGUUUGACGCAAGCGUUGAAAAAAUUUGGAAAAGUUCUUCGGAGUCGGAUGCUUUGGGAAAUGUUAAAUACGCCACCAUUUUUUCUGAAAACAUAGCCGAUCCACAAUAUCAAUAUGGCUCUGAUGUAAUUUGGUCAUGUGAACAAAAAGAUAAAAGCAAUAUUUUGAUGAAAAGCACCGAAAAUUACAAACCAUCCUUUUCUCAAUGGAAUCAAAAAUCAAAUUCUCCAGUUUUAUCAAAUUCAAAUAAUAACUUAACCACGGCAUUAAGCGCUUUUAGUCCAACACUUCCAAAUUUAAAAAAGUGGUCAGCCAAUGAUGGAUACAACAAAAAUUGUAAUUUCAUUUCUGAAAAACAGGAUAACGGUUUUACUGAUGUAAAUCAUAAUCAGAAUAAAAAUUCCGAUGAUUAUAGUAUUGAGUAUAACCUAUCAGAAAAAAAUCAAAGUAGUCAAGAAGAAGAUUUGCUGACAUCCGCCAAGACUCAUUUUCGUCCGAUUCCAUCUGAAGAAUUAGGAAAUAGUCAAACUGGAAUUUACGCUGAUGGUACAACUUUCGAUAUAUCAAACGAUUUGGAUAAGGUUUCCUUUAUAAGAAGCGAAAGUGGAAUGCUCUAUUUAGAAACGGAAGCAAACACUCCUAGAAAGUAUAUGGAGUUUAAGGACAAUAAGAACUACGGGACUAAUGAAUAUCUAGAAAAUAAUAUAGUACCCGUUGACGAAUUCGUACCAAAGUUUAGAGUUCGUCAGAGCAAUGAAAAAAGUAUUCAGACCGACGAAAUACACGAAGAACAAGUCGUGCCAUCAGUAAACGACACGGAUUACGAUUCAAUGUCUUGCGAUUCGGAAGAAAACGAUUUUUUUUUCCCCGGGGAUAACGAGCUCGCUCAAAAUAUUGCAAGCUCGGAUGGAGAAGAGGCCAAUUACUAUAAAGAAACGGGGAAUAAAAAUUUGUUUAACGAAGAAAAGAAUAAUAAAGAUUAUAAUUUAGAAAUGUCUUUAUAUAAAUUGAUCGAAAUGAAAUCGUGCGUUUGCAAUGAAGAAAAAGAUUGGAAUCAAAACUCGAUUAAUAAUAAUAAUUCCAUCAAUAAAAAAGAAUGGAAUAAAAUUUGGAAUUUUCACAUUUCGUGUAAUAAUUGUGAGAAAAGUUCGGACAAGCAGCUUUCAACAAAUGACAAAUUUCGAUUUCGGCAAGAGUUGACCCAAGAGGGAGAACAACUUUUGCUUGAUUUGAGUAGCGUUCAGCAAAUGUAUUCGAAUGAUGCUGAUUGGUGCGAGGAUGAUACUCUUACGGUAUCCGAUAUAAAUGAAGACGAUAAUGAAAAUUUCGGAGAAGAAAUCCCAAAUGAUGAGGGUUUAACUUCGGAAAUAGUUUACCCUGAAAAGGAAGCUUUGUGGAGUACUUUGAUUGCCAAAGAAGAACCAGUUAAAAAUGGUCUUGAUGUGAGAUGUUCGUGGAAAAUGGAAAAGUUUGAAAAUGAUAAAAAUAAAUUUAAUGACAAAAAAUCGGAAAAGUUUUACAUUUCCGGAUGUAAAAAUUUAGAACGGAAAAGGUAG